AUGUCUGGAGAUCCUCGCGCUCUCCUGCAAAAGGCAGACAAGGCCUAUUCUGGAGCCGCAAGCGGCUUCAGUCUCUUCGGAGGCAAGGAACAGAAGUACAUGGAUGCGGUCGACUUAUACAUCGAGGCGGCGAAUGCCUUUAGGAUGCAGAAGAUGAACGUAGAAGCAGGCAAGGCCUUCGAAAAGGCAGCGUCGAUACAAACCUCCAAACUUAAUGAACCCGACGACGCAGCCAACGUCAUGGUAGACGCCUUCAAAGUGUACAAGACGGACUCACCGGACGACGCGGUGCGCUGCCUCGACGUGGCCAUCUCGCAGUACUGCAAGAAGGGCAACUUCCGCCGCGCAGCCCAACACAUGGAGAACAUGGGCGAGGUAUUCGAGACACAAGUGCAGGACAACGCGCGGGCGCUCGAGUGCUUUGAAAAAGCGGCGGGGUGGUACGAGAGCGACAACGCCGCCGCCCUGGCCAACAAGCUCUGGCUUAAGGUUGCCGACAUCGCGGCCCUGGCCGGCGACUACUACAAGUCCAUCGAGCAUUACGAGCGCGUCGCCGCCGCCAGCAUCAACAACAACCUCAUGCGCUACAGCGUCAAGGAUUACUUCCUCAAGGCUGGCAUUUGCCACCUUGCCACGGGAGAUAUGGUUGCCACCAAUCGUGCCCUCGAGAAGUACCGCGACAUGGACCCCACUUUCCCUUCCAACCGUGAGCACCAGCUCCUUGUCGACCUGGCUGCUGCUGUUGAGGGCGGCGACCAGGAUGCUUUUACCGACAAGCUGUUCCAGUUCGAUAGGAUGAGCAAACUUGAUAAGUGGAAGACUACCAUUCUUGUACGAGUCAAGGAGAGCAUUGAGGAGGCUGGUGAGGACUUUUCAUAG